AUGGUGACCACCCCCAUCGAGUAUCAGCUGAUCGAGGGGCAGAACGUCACAUUAAACAAGCUCCGAGAGAUGGCCCACCGGAAUCAACUCGCACAAAGCAAGACACCAGAGGGGGUCAGUGAGUCUGUGACGCUUUCCCAGCUGCAAGGGCAGCUGGUGGGCGUGCAGAGCUCCCUGUUCUCUUUGAGCCUGGAGCUGGAGGCCAGCCAGAGGAGUCUCAGUCAGAGUCAGAGACAAGAUGACGAUCUGGCCCGCUUCAAAGACAGACUGAAUGCUGACCUCCAGGAGGCGCUGCAGCAUAAGGAAGAGACUGAAAAACACAAUCAGGACCUGCGUUGCGCACUUCAGAAAACCCGCGCCGAGCUCAGGGCUAAGGAAGAAGCUAUGAAGGAAGUCGAGGCCGAGAGGCUCUCCGCGGGGCAAGAAAAAGACAUGAGCAUUGCACAGCUCAAUCACUCUCUGCGGGAGAAGGAGCGACAGUUACAGGAGUACUCACAAAUGUUCGAGACACCAGAAAGUCCCAAACCAAGAGAUGCACUUGUUGAGAAAUUAAGAGAGCGAAUUAAAGACAGAGACAGAGCUUUGGAGCGCACCAUCGAUGACAAGUUCUGCUGCCUGGAUGAACGUGAGGGUCAAGUGAGGACACUGCAGCUGGCGCUACGGGAAAAAGACCGAGACCUGGACAGGCUCCGCUGCAUCCUGUCUAACAACGAGGAGACCAUCACGAGUCUCGAUGCUCUGGUGCAAAGGAAAGAGCUGGACCUGGAGCAGGCGGCCGAAGCCUACAGAAACCUUCAAUGGCUGAAACAGGCCAGUGAAGAAAAGGAGAGCAGAACUUUCAGGGAGAAGGACGCCAUCAUUGGCCAGCUGCAAGCAGCGCUGCAGGCUCGCGGCAAGGAGAUACAGGAUCUGACGGCGACCCUGGUCGCCAGAGUUCAGGCCGGCCCCACCGAGGUGGUGGAGGAGCUGAAGGCUCGGCUCCAGCUGAAGGAGAAGCUCUUCCAGUAGCUGCUGUCAGACCGCAGCCGCCAAUCGAUUGAACACCAAACGCGGCUUUCGGACUUGCUCAACACCCUCGCUGACAAAGACCAGUACCUGCAGGACAAUUCGUACAGGCUGUCCUUGGUUAUAAGCGAGCGCACAGGUCAGCUGCAGGAGGUGCGCAGGCAGCUGUCCAAGAGAGAGCAGGAACUGUGCGAGCUGAGGCGGGACAAAGAGAGGCAGACGGCCGGAGACGUGCAACACCUGCAAGGUCUUCUCCGAGAGAAAGAAGCCUUUUUUAAGGAGAUGAUGCAGAACCAAGAGGAGACACUGCAGAGGCUUUGGAAGGAGAACCGCUUCCUAAAAGAACGUCAAGUGGGGACGAACCACGGGAGUCUUGACCGGGGUGAGGAGGAGGACGAUACUGAGGAGGAGGACUACAUGGAAGAUGAUGAACUGGGGGCGACGUCUUGCGUGGCUGUCAAGGGUCCGAGUGAGCGUUCGGCCCGGCUUUGUUUGGAGAACCGAGAGCUGCAGGAGCUGAUGGCACGAGUGGCCACCUUGGAGGCCCAAUUGAGCAGCUCCAAGUUGGAGGGGAAGUGCGAAGCAGAGCAGGGGAAAUGUGCCACAUGGCCUGGAAAGUACAACUCUCUCAUCCAGGCCCAAGCUCGUGAGCUCUCCCACCUGAGGCAGAGGAUGAGAGAGGGUGAAGGAGUCUCCCAUAUCCUCACACAGCAUCUGGCUGCCACCACCAAGGCUUUUGAGGAGCUGCUGCGGGCCAACGAUGUUGACUACUACAUGGGGCAGAGCUUUCGAGAGCAGCUUUCACAAAGCACCGCGCUAGCUCAGAGACUGCUCAUCAAGCUGACUGGACGAGUGGAAAGCCCCGUUGACAAGACAGGCCACGAGUUGCUGGCCAUGCAGCUUAGCAAGGAGCUUCAGCAGAAAGACCAAAUCAUCGAGUCUCUGCACAACAAGCUGCAGCAUCGCCCUGAGACGCCAUCCAGCUGCCAAGCCCUCUCGGAGACCACCGACCCAUCAGACAGGACUUCCUUGGUGUCCGACGAGUGUCAAACCAACGAAGACCUGGAUCUGUGCUCCGAGUUAGACGCCGGAGACUAUCGGGACCAGGAUGAGCAGCGACAAUCCGAACCGGAUGCCCAUUCAUCGAUCCCUCCUCCUUCUCGUGGACACCUCCAAUCAUCUUUCAGCUGUCCGGGAAUGCUUUUCUCAGCCUCUGGGGGUUUAACCGCUCCGUCCUUGAAAGGCUACAGCCAGCUACCUCAUCAUGCCUUUCCGCAGUACCAGCUGGGCGGCAUUCCCGAGGGUCACUCACUAAAGUCGGGCUCGGGGCCCAAUUUAAUUGAAGUGCACCUACGGGAGGUGCGAUGUCUUCGCCAGCGUCUGGAAGAGUCCAUUCGGACCAACGAAAGGCUCCGACAGCAGCUGGAGGAAAAAUUAGCAAACCCUGGGCGCGACGGAGGAGCAGCUACAAACAUCUAUAUUCAAGGGUUGGACACAGUCACACAUCUGUCGAAUGAAAUCAGAGUCCUGACAGACGAGAACUUGAAUCUGCAGUCCCGUCUACAGGCCAGCACAGACUCGUGCGAGGAGCUGAUCGAAGCACGCGCCCGCCUCAAGCAAGCCGAGCUGGAAGCUGAGCAGUGGAAGGAGGAGUUGAGACGACUUCAGUCACACAGUGAGGAGCAGGGACGGCAGAUUCUCGCCUUGAGGCAAGCCGGUCAGGAGAGAAUCAACAGAGCGCAGCACGAGGCGUCUCUACUGCAGCAGCAGUUGUGUGAGAGCAGAGACCUCAUCCACUCCCUGCAGAACGAACUGCACGUCUACGAUCGCGUGUGCUCCAGCUUCAAAUCCAACAAAGGCUUCCUGUGCGAAGCUCCUGGCCUGCCCGCGGAGUCGGCGGAGCUACUGAGCGAGGUGAGGAGUCUGCGGGCCCAGCUGCAGAGCAGCAUCCAGGAGAAUAGCGCCUUCAAGCAGCUGGAGCUCCACAAGCAGCUGGAGCAAAAACUAGGGGCCGGCUCCCCUCGCACGCCGUCCCUGUCGGCCUUCGGCGCCAGCCCUCAGAGAGAAAACGUCUACAGGCGACAGCUGCUGCACGACCCGGCCCCUUCUCCACCUGUCAGGGACAUUGGUCUCUUUAACUGUGGAUCUCCCUGCCCCCCCUACUCGGACCUGGAUGACAACCAUAGCGCCGCCAACGACCCCCUCGACCCGCACGCUGAGCUGGAAGGCGACGCCCCCGAUGGCUCGUUCGCCAACCGUUAUGGCCACCACACCGUCGGUCACGUGGAUGACUUUAACGCUCUCCAGCAACAAGUCCUUGAAGGUUGCAGCAUCGUGCAGCGCAUGGAGGCAGCGUUGCGCCCGCGCCUGCGCUCUCCUCCACCGUUAGGAGCCGCCCAGAAACAAAACAAUGAGCAGCUCUUGGAUUACGGCAAUGUCCCGAGUCUCUUGUCCAACACAAAGACCCUGAGGCAGAUUCUGGAGGAGGCGGCGUCCCUGCUGAAGAUGUUCUGGAGGGCGGCGCUGCCCAGCGCCGACGCCGCCAUGCCGAACCUGAAGAAGGAGCAGUCGAUGCAAGAGGAGAUCUUGUCCCUCAAGCUGCGCGUGUCUGAGCAGGAGGAGGUACUGAAGGGGACGAUUCAAAGACUGAGGAGCACCAGUCGCACCAAGGAGAGCAUGGAGCAUUUCAUCGUGAACCAGCUGUCAAGGACUCGGGAUGUUUUGAAGAAAGCAAGGACAAACUUGGAGAAGAACGAGCUGAGACUUUCCUCUCUAAGCUCCUCGUCUUCUGCUCCCUACGCCGCUGAGGAGCCAGGAGGUGGUGCCAGAGAGCAACCUGCUAAUGUCCGGGGCUUGACGACUGACGGAGUCAAAGCCAACCAGCACUCUGCUGCCAGGAAGCACAACAGCCGAUGCUUGCUUUAGACCCCGAACAACCGGACUCAAUGCUACGGACCUCCACAUUUAAAAUCACUAAGACCUCCUCAGUCCCCUAAACCUCUGUCUUCAACCAGGCCUUACCAAACUCCCUUCAGCAUCCCCAAACUCCUCAAAAGCGCAGUCAGUGUUAUUCUUUGAGUGGAGCUGUCAGCAAUGUGUAUGAAAGAAGGCGUGUGAAACGUGUACCUGGUGGUUGCAGUGACAAGCCGGAUUGGAACGGCUUGAAGACGCCCCCGAAACGUCGUCUUCCGAGAACAUGUGGAGGGGCAAAGGGU